AUGACACCACCACCUUUUCAUGAAACCGAUCUCAAGUUACAGCACGAGUAUGAUGAAUUGCAACAACAAAAGGCUAAUCUUGAACGGAACAUUAAACAGCUCGGAGAUGAAAAAUCAGAAUUGAUGGAAACGUUAGAAUCUCAUACAGAAACUUUGCAAAUGUUGCAAGAACGACUACAGAAUGCUCAUAGCGAUAUUGAAGAAUUAUGUGUAGAAUUGGAACGAGCAAUGAUGGAACGAGAACUAGCAAGAAGAAUGGCAGAAGAAGAAGAAGAAAGAAAGCGUUUAGAGGAAGAAGACCGAAAGUACAUGGAAGAGAGAGAACGGAAAAAACAACAAGAAUUGCAAGUUCAUGCAGAAUUGGAGAGGAAAUAUUCCAAUAUCAGUAACACCUCGACCACCACAACACAAAGUACCAACAAAUCCAUUGAUCCAUUAUGGGCAGAUCGUUUCUCCACUGAUAACUCUCUUCAAAGGGAAUACGAUUCUCUCUUGAUGAAGAGAGAUGCCAUCUUACAGGAUCAAGGCAAGUUAAUGGAAGAAAACGAGGGAUUGAAACAAAAAUUAAUUUCUCAACAUGAAGUGUUGAAAAUGAUGAGAACACGAAUAAUCACAGCAAGAAAAGAUGUAGAUGAAUUGUGUGAAGAAAUUGAUAUGGUCAGAUGGCAAAAGGCUAAUAUCAGCAAGAAAGAGGCUAAUAGUCAAAAAGAAGAGGCCAAUAGUCACAACGACGACAGCACUCUCAGUAUUGAGUACAUUAUGAGUCAUGAAGAUGAUUUUUCAAAUCCUCAACAAGUGAUUAAGAUUUUGAAAGAUCACAUUCGAAAAUUAACCAGUCACAAGUAG